GAUGCAAAUAUAUUAACAAAAGAAGAUCAUAAUGAAAAUAUUAAAACAGAAAAAAAUAAAAAACCUUUAGAAGAAAUAGAAAAACUAUCAAAUAUUUUAUCAAAAUUAGUAGCAGAACUUAACCAAAUAAAUUAUUAA